CAGACUGAUCACCUUUGCUCAGUGCUCCUCAAGAACCACUGAAGGACAGACACAGCACAUAAAAAGAUACGGCUAUGAGAUGGCGAGGAAGCUUAGUGCAUUGGAAAUCUUCCUGAUCAUCUUCAUCAUAAUUGUACUUGCUGUAGAUAUCCUCUUUCUGAUGCUUCUGUUGGAGAAGUCUUCAGGUGCUUCAUUUGUUCCAGAGUGCCCAGAAAUCCCCGAAUCAGAAAGGAUAGACUGUGCCCCUGGCCAGGAGGUGACAGAGGAUGUCUGCAGACAGAGAUAUAAGUGCUGCUGGAAACCUGUGCCAGAUACUGCCAUCCCCUGGUGCUUCUUCCCCAGGAACUGGGGCUACGAAAUCAGCAAUUUGGUUGAAAAUACAAGCACAAAGUAUGCUGCCCAGUUGAGAAGGCUGCCAUCACCAUCUCUGUUUGGAUAUGAUGUAAUCGACACCCUCUUCACAGCUGAAUAUCAGACAUCCAAUCGUUUCCAUUUUAAGGUCACUGAUUUCAAUAACAUGCGCUAUGAAGUCCCCCAUGAAAAUGUUAAGCUCUUUGAUGAGAAUGCUGAUGCUUCCAAUUUGAGCUAUCAUCUAGAAGUCAUUCACAAACCGUUCAGCAUCAAGAUAAUGAGGACCAGCAAUAAAAGAGUCUUGUUGGACACCAGCAUUGGGCCGCUCCAGUUUGCCCAGCAGUACCUGCAGCUCUCCAUGCGACUGCCCAGUGCCAACGUGUAUGGGCUGGGUGAACACGUGCACCGGCAGUACCGCCACAACAUGACCUGGAAGACCUGGCCCAUCUUCACCCGGGACGCCACCCCUACCGAGGGCAUGAUUAAUCUAUAUGGAGCUCACACGUUCUUCUUGUGCCUAGAAGACACCAGCGGCUUCUCUUUCGGGGUUUUUCUGAUGAACAGUAACGCCAUGGAGGUCACCCUUCAGCCCGCUCCUGCCGUCACUUACCGCACGAUCGGGGGUAUUCUUGACUUCUAUGUGUUCCUGGGAAAUACUCCAGAACAAGUGGUUCAGGAAUACCUGGAGCUUGUUGGACGACCAUUCUUGCCUCCCUACUGGAGUCUUGGGUUCCAGCUUAGUCGCAGGAAUUAUGGUGGCAUUGAUGGAUUGAAAAAUGUUGUAAACCGAACUCGUGAAGCUGAGAUCCCAUAUGAUGUCCAGUACUCUGAUAUAGACUACAUGGAUGAAAAGAAGGAUUUCACUAUUGAUGGAGUGGCUUUCUGUGGUCUCUCAGGUUUUGCCAAAGAGUUACAUGAAAAUGGACUGAAAUAUGUAAUUAUUAUGAAUCCUGGCAUCUUAAAUAACUCUGACUACCAGCCUUAUGUGAAUGGAAGCAGAAAGAGAGUGUGGAUCUUGGGGGACAAAGGCUUUGUUGUUGGGCAGGCAUAUCCUGGUUGGACAGUUUUUCCUGAUUUUACUAAUCCAGAUUGUACUGAGUGGUGGAAAGAGCAGUUCAGUGAAUUUUAUAAAACUCUGGAGUUUGAUGGAGUGUGGAUUGAAAUGGAUGAAGUAUCUAGCUUUCUACAAAGUUCUGAUCAAGAGUGUGAAGUAAACAACUUCAACUUUCCUCCUUUCAAACCUCGAGUUCUGGACCACUUGCUUUUCGCAAGAACCCUCUGCAUGGACACAGAGUUUCAUGGGGGCUUUCACUACGAUGUCCACAGCUUGUAUGGCUACACCAUGGCAAGAGCCACAGACUCGGCCAUGGAGAAUAUCUUCCCCAAAAAGAGACGCUUCAUCUUAUCACGUUCUACUUUUGCGGGAUCUGGCAAAUUUGCUGCUCAUUGGUUGGGGGACAAUGCAGCCAGAUGGGACGAUCUCCGAUGGUCCAUCCCUGGUAUCUUGGAGUUCAACCUAUUCGGCAUCCCCAUGGUAGGUGCCAACAUCUGUGGUUAUAGAGAGAAUGUCACAGAGGAGCUUUGCAGACGGUGGAUGCAGCUGGGAGCAUUUUAUCCACUGUCGAGGAAUCACAAUGGGCCUGGGUUCAGGGACCAGGAUCCUGCUGCCUUCAGUGAAAACAACGCUAUGCUGUUGGAAUCCUCCAGAUACUAUCUGAACAUCCGCUACACCCUGCUGCCCUAUCUCUACACCCUUUUCUACCGAGCUCAUACCCUGGGGGAGACUGUAGCAAGGCCCCUCGUCCACGAGUUCUACCAGGACCCAGCCACCUGGGAGGUGCACGAGCAGUUCCUCUGGGGGCCUGGACUCCUCAUCACGCCUGUUUUAUAUGAAGGUUUGAACUAUGCAAGAGCAUACAUACCCGAUGCCAUCUGGUACGACUAUGAAACGCAAGUAGCCAUAGAAUGGAGGAAACAAUUUGUGGAGAUGCUGCUGCCAGGUGAUAGGAUAGGACUUCACCUCCGAGGGGGCUACAUCUUUCCCAUCCAGCAGCCAAACACGACCACAGAGGCCAGCCGGAAGAACUCUCUGGGACUCAUCAUUGCUUUGGACUUUAAGCGAGAAGCAAAAGGAGAGCUGUACUGGGAUGACGGUGUCUCUAAAGAUGCUGUAACUGAAAAUAAUUAUAUUCUGUAUAAUUUUUCCAUCACCUCUAACCGUCUACAGGCAACGAUUGUACAUGCUAAUUAUACAGACCCUGACCAACUCACAUUUACAGAUAUCAUGAUCUUGGGAAUGGACAAGGAGCCUACUAAUUUUACUGUCUCCCUAAAUAAUGUGACCACCUCCAUUUCAAAUGUUGUCUACACAGAAUCAACAAAGGUGGUGAACAUCACUGACCUUGAGGGACUGGUACUGGGACAAGCAUUCUCCAUUCAGUGGGAUCUUCCGGUCGGUGACCUGCAGAAGUUCAACUGCUUUCCUGAGCAGCCCACUGUCUCCCAGGAGAGUUGCAGGGAGCGGGGGUGCCUUUGGGAGCCCACGGCUGUUCCUGGGGUGCCCACCUGUUUCUAUGACACCAUCCCUAAUUAUGCUGCCAGCAACAUUCAGUACCUGCCUACGGGCAUCACUGUAGACCUCACCCACCUGACAGCCUCAGAAGCUGGACAAGCUACGGUGCCACCACCAUCAUCACGGGACAAGCUACCCCCAUCUGCAGCCAUAGCAAAGGCCGCCUCUGCCUCUGACACUCUCUCUGCAACCGUCGGCUUUCUCCGCCUGAAUGUGACCUACCACACAGAGAACAUGCUGCAGUUCAAGAUCUAUGAUCCCACUAAUAAAAGGUACGAGGUCCCAGUGCCUCUGAACACCCCUUCAUCUCCAGUGGGCUCCCCUGAAAACUGUCUGUAUGAUGUCAAGAUUCAGAACAAUCCUUUUGGGAUCCAGAUUCGAAGAAAGAGCUCCAGCACUGUGAUUUGGGACUCUCAGCUCCCUGGCUUCACCUUCAAGGACAUGUUCCUUUCCAUCUCCACACGCCUCCCCUCUCAGUACCUCUAUGGCUUUGGGGAAACUGAGCACACAACUUUCAGAAGAAACAUAAGCUGGCACACAUGGGGAAUGUUUGCCCGAGAUGAGCCUCCAGCGUAUAAGAAGAACUCCUAUGGUGUCCACCCCUACUAUAUGGCACUGGAGGAGGAUGGCAGUGCCCAUGGAGUGCUCCUGCUGAACAGCAAUGCCAUGGAUGUGACAUUCCAGCCUACUCCUGCCCUGACAUACCGCACCACAGGAGGCAUUUUGGACUUUUAUAUGGUUUUGGGGCCAACCCCUGAGCUUGUAACUCAGCAAUACACUGAGUUGAUUGGUCGGCCAGCAAUGAUUCCCUACUGGGCCUUGGGAUUCCAGCUGAGUCGCUAUGGAUACCAGGAUGAUUAUGAAAUCUCCAGUUUGUAUGUUGCAAUGAUGGCUGCUCAGAUUCCCUACGAUGUCCAGCAUGUCGACAUCGACUACAUGGACCGGAAGCUGGACUUCACUCUCAGCCCCAGCUUUCAAAAUCUUGGCCUCCUGAUUGAGCAAAUGAAGAAAAAUGGCACAAGAUUUGUUCUUGUUCUGGACCCAGCCAUUUCUGGCAAUGAGACCCAGUAUCUCACGUUCACCAGAGGGAAGGAAAGUGAUGUGUUCAUCAAAUGGCCAGACAACAGCGAUAUUGUCUGGGGAAAGGUUUGGCCAGAUCUGCCCAACGUGAAUGUGGAUGGGUCCCUUGAUCACGAAACUCAGGUUAAGUUGUACAAAGCCCACGUUGCUUUUCCUGACUUCUUGCGGAAUAGCACGGCUGCCUGGUGGAAGAGGGAAAUAGAAGAGCUCUACAGAAACCCUCGAGAGCCAGGGAAGAGCUUGAAGUUUGAUGGAUUGUGGAUUAACAUGAAUGAACCAUUGAACUUUGUGAAUGGAUCUGUCAGGGGCUGCAGUGAUGAAAUUCUUAAUAAUCCACCCUAUGUGCCAUACUUGGAGUCCCGGGACUGGGGCCUGAGCAGCAGGACCCUGUGCAUGGAGAGCCAGCAGGUGCUGCCCGAUGGCUCACCGGUGCGCCACUAUGACGUGCACAACCUUUAUGGCUGGGCCCAGACCAGACCCACGUACGAAGCCGUGCAGGAGGUGACGGGACAGCGAGGGAUCGUCAUCACUCGCUCCACUUUCCCCUCUUCUGGCCGCUGGGGAGGACACUGGCUGGGCGACAACACGGCCGCGUGGGACCAGCUGAAAAAGUCAAUCAUUGGCAUGAUGGAAUUCAGUCUCUUUGGAAUCUCUUAUACAGGAGCAGACAUCUGUGGAUUCUUUGGAGAUGCUGAAUAUGAGAUGUGUGUUCGCUGGAUGCAGCUGGGGGCAUUUUAUCCAUUUUCCAGGAACCACAACACAUUCGGGACCAGGAGACAAGAUCCUGUGGCCUGGGACUCAGCCUUUGAGAUGUUCUCAAGAAAAGUCCUCCAGACCAGAUAUACUCUGCUGCCUUACCUCUAUACUCUGAUGCAUAAGGCUCACGCUGAGGGCAGCACUGUGGUCCGACCCCUUCUCCAUGAGUUUACAGAGGAACGCACAACAUGGGAUAUAGACCAUCAGUUCAUGCUGGGCCCUGCCAUCUUAAUUAGCCCCGUGCUGGAAAAUAACACUUUUCAGGUCCAGGCUUACUUUCCCAGAGCCCGUUGGUAUGACUACAGCACGGGAUCUGGCAAUGAAUCAACAGGUGAGUGGAAAGUCCUGGAGGCUCCCCUGGACCAUAUCAACCUUCAUAUCAGAGGAGGCUACAUCCUGCCUUGGCAAGAACCUGCGAUGAACACUCACUCCAGCCGACAGAAAUAUAUGGGAUUGAUUGUUGCUUUGGAUGACAAUGGGAGAGCUGAAGGUCAGCUGUUCUGGGAUGAUGGACAAAGCAUUGAUACCUUUGAAAAUGGAAACUAUUUCUUGGUAAACUUUACAGCAGCUCAGAGUGUACUGCAAAUCCAAAUGAUACAUAAUAAUUAUUUGAGUGACACUAAUUCACUGAAAGUUGGAUAUAUUAGAAUCUGGGGCAUAAACUCUACUGAUAUAACACAAGUGACUGUCUCCUAUGACAAUCAACAAUUCAUGGUGAUGAAUUUCAAGAGUGACCCUUACAAUCAGACACUAAAUAUUCAACUGACUGACAAGAUUAUCAGCCUGGAAAAGUUAACUGAGAUUACUUGGAUUCACGGUGGUCCUAUAGUUUCUACUACGACUAUGACGAGUACCUUCCCAAUGAGUUCUUUACAUCCUCCUACAACUUCUACUACUGCUGCUACUUCUGUUACCACUAGUUCUUCUACUCCAAGUAGCACUAGUACUACUGAUAGCACUAGUGCUCCUCUUCCUAUGACAACCACUUCUUUUCCAACAAGUGCUACUGAGGUUUCAACUGGUACUACCGUCCCCAGUACCAGUACAUCUUUCCCUACAAAUACUGCUGCUGGUAGCACUAGUGUUAUUCUUCCCGUCACAGCCAGGCCUUACCCAACAAGUGCUACUGACGUUUCAACUAGUGUUACUGUCCCUAAUGCCACUGUAUCUUCCCCUAUAAAUACGACUCUGGAUAGCACUGAUAGUACUCUUCCUAUCACAGACACGCCAUCCCCAACAAGUGCUUCUCAAGUUUCAACUAGUACUACUGUCCCUAAUGCCACUGUAUCUUCUCCUAUUUAUACUACUCUGGAUAGCACUAAUGUUACUCUUCCUAUCACGGACACGCCAUCCCCAACAAGUGCUACUCAAGUUUCAACUAGUACUACUGUCCCUAAUGCCACUGUAUCUUCCCCUAUAAAUACUACUACUGAUACCACUGAUAUUACUCUUCCUAUCACGGACACGCCAUACCCAACAAGUGCUUCUCAAGUUUCAACUAGUACUACUGUCUCUAAUGCCACUGUAUCUUCCCCUAUAAAUACUACUACUGAUGGCACUAAUGUUACUCUUCCUAUCACGGACACGCCAUACACAACAAGUGCUACUCAAGUUUCAACAAGUACUACUGUCCCUAAUGCCACUGUAUCUUCCCCUAUAAAUACUACUACUGAUGGCACUAAUGUUACCCUUCCAGUCACAACCAUGCCUUAUACAACAAGUACUGCUGAAGUUUCAACUAGUACUACUUUCCUUAAUGCCACUAUAUCUUCUCCUAUUUAUACUACUCUGGAUAGCACUAAUGUUACUCUUCCUAUCACAGACAUGCUAUACACAACAAGUGCUUCUCAAGUUUCAACAAGUACUAUUUUCCCUAAUGCCACUAUAUCUUCCCCUAUAAAUACUACUACUGAUGGCACUAAUGUUACUCUUCCUAUCACGGACACGCCAUCCCCAACAAGUGCUUCUCAAGUUUCAACUAGUACUACUGUCUCUAAUGCCACUGUAUCUUCCCCUAUAAAUACUACUACUGAUGGCACUAAUGUUACUCUUCCUAUCACGGACACGCCAUCCCCAACAAGUGCUACUCAAGUUUCAACUAGUACUACUGUCCCUAAUGCCACUGUAUCUUCCCCUAUAAAUACUACUACUGAUACCACUGAUAUUACUCUUCCUAUCACGGACACGCCAUACACAACAAGUGCUUCUCAAGUUUCAACAAGUACUACUGUCCCUAACGCCACUGUAUCUUCCCCUGUAAAUACUACUACUGAUGGCACUAAUGUUACUCUUCCAGUCACAGACAUGCUAUACACAACAAGUGCUACUCAAGUUUCAACUAGUACUACUGUCCCUAACGCCACUGUAUCUUCCCCUGUAAAUACUACUACUGAUGGCACUAAUGUUACCCUUCCAGUCACAACCAUGCCUUAUACAACAAGUACUGCUGAAGUUUCAACUACUACUACUUUCCUUAAUGCCACUAUAUCUUCCCCUAUUAAUACUACUCUGGAUACCACUAAUGUUACUCUUCCUAUCACGGACACCCCAUACACAACAAGUACUGCUGAAGUUUCAACUACUACUACUUUCCUUAAUGCCACUAUAUCUUCUCCUAUUAAUACUACUCUGGAUAGCACUAAUGUUACUCUUCCUAUCAUGGACAUGCCAUACCCAACAAGUGCUACUCAAGUUUCAACUACUACUACUUUCCCUAAUGCCACUAUAUCUUCCCCUAUAAAUACUUCUAUGGAUAGCACUGAUAUCACUCUUCCUAUCACGGACACGCCAUACACAAGUGCUACUCAAGUUUCAACAAGUACUACUGUCCCUAAUGCCACUGUAUCUUCCCCUAUAAAUACUACUACUGAUGGCACUAAUGUUACUCUUCCUAUCACGGACACGCCAUACACAAGUGCUACUCAAGUUUCAGCUAGUACUACUGCCUCUAAUAAUACCACUAUAUCUUCCACUAUAAAUACUACUAUUGAUAGCACUAAUGUUACUCUUCCGGUCACAACCAUGCCUUUCCCAACAAGUAGUACUGAAGUUUCAACUAGUACUGCUGUCUCUAAUACUACUGUAUCUUCCCCCACAAACAGUACUGUCUAGCACUAAUAGUUUUCUUCCUGUCACAAUCAUGCCUUUCCCAGCAAGUGCUAUUGAAGUUAUUAACACUAAUGUCCCUAAUUCUACUGUGCCUUUCCCUGCAAAUACUACUACUGCUAGAACUAGUGCUACUCUUCCUAUCACAGCUACUUCUUUCCCAACAAGUACUACUGAUACCAGCACUGGUACUACUCUCUUAUUACCACUACUCAUUCUUCAACAAAUACUGCUGCUACUAGCACUAAUAAUGCUCACCCAUUACCACUGUAUUCCUACAGAUACUGCUGCUGAUACCACUAGCGAUAGUUUUCUAUUGUGACUAGUUUCUCUGAAAGUAUUUAUGAUAAGAACACUACUUUUGCUACAGUAACCUCUCCUCCUACAGUAACCACUUCUCCAACUGCCAGCCUUGGUAAUGAUGCUCUGAUUACAAAUUAUCCUUCCGCUAUAACAUCUGGGGACAAUAGUACUAGUAAUGCUUUUUCUACAAUGACUACUUACCCUUCAUAAACUCUUGCCAUUUGCACUAAUACUCCUUCUCCUGUGACUACUUUUUUUCUGUAUGUAUGGGGGCUGCCAGCAAUGGCAAUAUUAUUCCUGAUGAGUACUCUUUCUUCUCCAAGUACUGAUGCUAUUAGUACUUAUUUAUGAGAUAAUACUAGAUUGUUGCUGUUCCCUCUAAUGACUGAAUUAACUUACAAAGUGCUAACUCUUCUACAGACCAGAAAUCACCCAGACAGAGAUAAGUGUGUAAAGAUAUGACAUAGGGGAGACAAUCUCUACCCUGGGAUCAGAGUUCAUAGUUUUGUUUGCUUUGUCUUCUACUUACCAGCUUUUCCCUUCUUGUUUUACUAUCUAGACUCUCCUUCAGUGUGUUAAGACUUUCAGCAUGUUCUUGGAUUUUCAUACCCACAAUCACCAUUUAUUCCUGGUCUAUUAUUUUCUAAGAUCACCCCUGUGCAUAGGCUCAUGGUCAUAACCAAAUAUUGCCAUUUAGGUGCUAUUGAAGGCUUAACCCUAGGACAGUAUUUUGAAAAUGUAGUUUGGGGAACCAGGGGAGACCCCAGAACUCUUUCUGGGGUCUACAAGGUCAAGGCUCUUUUCACAUAAAUACUCUGUUGUUUUUGCCAUUUUCACUCAUCCUCUCAUUGAUAUACAGUGCCACUUUCCAGAGACUGUGCUCUGUGGUGUCACAAUAGAUGAAUAUGGAAACUGAUGCAAGAAUCCAGCUGUCUUCUAUUAAGCCAGACAUUAAACAGAUUUACAAAUUAUACAGCAAUGUCAUUCUUCUCACUAACUGUUUUUGCUUUGGAAAAUAUAGUGGUCUUUCAUUAAAAAUAUAUUAUUUAUGUCAACAUGUAUUUGAUAUAUUGUUAUUUUUAAUGAACGGAGAAAUAAAUAUUUCGCAAAACAA